AUGUUUGGUAGCACAAAAUUAUGUAGAUUUGAAAUUAAUAAUUUAGAAAUUAUGUUGAUUUGAUUCAAAUUCAAUUCGAUCAAUUUUGUAUAUCAAAUUGGACCCUUCUCCAUUUUUGUCGACUUCAGAGUUCUAAAAUUACAAAAAUGAAUGUACUGUGCAACUCGUUCUUGCAAACUCGCGGGAGAUUCGCCUGCAGCCGUGGAUCAUCUCCAGCCGUUGAGCAACUCAAUGCUUUUUUCCCUUCUCUCCGUCAUUGUCGGCAAAGCUCCGUCGCCGUUAACCCGAGUUUCCUCUCUUCCUUUCCGUUCUCUUCUAGCAUCUGCCGCGCGACCGGCUGUUGGGAGACGGCUUAGUUUGAUGGCUAGCAAGCUUCCGAGAGAAGGUUCAUCGGCCGCCGUCGACAAAAUCGGAAAAGCUAUGAACUCCGAUCUCUCCGGUGGGUGGGAAAGAUGCUGGGAAGAAGGAAUAACACCAUGGGAUCUGGGAAGACCCACACCAAUUCUUCAACACCUUAUUGAGACAAAAUCCAUUGCUAAUGGUAGAGCUCUAGUCCCUGGAUGUGGCGGGGGUUAUGAUGUGGUGGCACUUGCAUCACAAGAGCGUUAUGCUAUUGGACUGGAUAUAUCGGAAGUUGCCAUCAAUAAAGCAAAACAGGUGGCAGCAUCAUCCCCGAAUGUAAAUUACUGUUCUUUUCUGCUAGAAGACUUCUUUACAUGGGAGACAAGUGAUCCCUUUGAUAUCAUCUUUGAUUACACGUUUUUCUGUGCAAUUGAGCCAAAUUUGCGCUCUGCAUGGGCGGCUCGGAUGCGAGAUCUCUUGAAACCUGAUGGAGAGCUCAUAACCUUAAUAUUUCCGGUGCUUUUCAACACCUACUAUACCAUUCUUCCAUUUAUUUUAGUUGUCCGGUUAAUAUCUAAACUGACUAGCACAGUCCAUGAGGAUUGAUGAAUAUGCUCCAGCCUUCCAUUGCUUUUAACAUACUUCAUAAAUGCAAAAGAACUAAUUAUAAGCCAAAUGGAUCCCGAAAUGAUGUAGAUAGCUCCAACGAGGCUUACACCAAUGCAUGGAGGUUUCAUAUAUUCACGCUCAAAGUUAAAUAAAGGCCAUAACUCCUUGACCGUUACAUGUGAUUGAUACUCAUUGGUUGCUUUGUAUACUUUUAUGUUCACAUUCAGCCAUAUGGAUGAGUCACUGACUCACCAUAGGGUCCAUAGGCAAUAAGGAAAUAUUUAAGCUCAUAUAGUUGGCUAAACCAAAAUAUGACAUGAGCUUGUUCUACUUUUUUGUUGGAUACUAAUCAAUUUAAUCCUAGUACCAGUGGAAAGAACACAUUUCUGAUUUAAAUUGGCUAAGGCCCAUGUACAAUUGGAACUUGGAUUGCUCUGCUUCCCUAUGAGUGCUGGUGUGGCAAUGGGUUUGCUGUUUGUUUUGGUUGGUUGGCUAGGUAACUUAAGUUUUUUGAGUUGCGCUAGGUAACUUAAGUUUUUGUUGGCAGAUUGAUGAUCAUGAGGGUGGCCCCCCUUAUAAAACAUCUGUUGCAGAAUAUGAAGAGGUAUUGCACCCAGUUGGUUUCCUGGCAGCAUCCAUUGUGGAUAAUGAGCUUGCGGUCGGACCUCGUAAGGGAAGGGAAAAGCUUGGGAGGUGGCGAAGGAUAAGACAAGCUUCUGCACUAUGAGGAUACAGUAGUUGAUCGAAUCUUUCGAUGCUCGUAUGUAGCUCCAGCUGCAACCAUGAUGGGGAGUCUAGCUUGAACGGCGUAAGGCCUUCUUCUUCCUUCUUGCUGCUGCUACUGGGGUUGCUGUAUGAAGAAAAUAUUCAGACGAUAGAGACACGUGCUGAAUCCAGGAGCUAUGAAGUUCGAUAUCAAUGGAAUAAGUUGUAUUGAGAGAGUGUUUUCAAUUUUCGUAUCUUCAAAGUUGGAAGUUAACCCUUGUUGUCUUCACCAAAAUGCCAAUUUUGAAGAGUUAGAUCAGGAAUAUCAGAACACAUUCCACAUUCUUAAACAAUUCAAAACGGCAUCAUAUGAUUAAGUUUGCUUGAGCCAAAAUGACAUCGUUUUGAGUUCGACAGAAAAAAUUCAGGUGAAGAAG